CAAGCGCGCAGUGUUUACAAGGCGGCAACGCAGCUUAUAAACAAGGGGCUUCUUUAACGGCUGGGAGCAGGGAAAGCACAUUCCAGGGAGAGCGCGCCUGCUGGGAGAUCAGCUUCCUAGAGCAGCCUGGCCUGACUAGAAGACAAGAAACAGCAUCUUCACGAAUGCUUAAUCCUUGACCUCCUCAGAGCACGCUCCAAGCACGAAUGCAUCCUCGGGGCUCCUGGGAGGUAGGGCCGCUCAGCAUAUCCCAUGAGCUCCAAAGAGUGCUGCCAUCCCUCUGCAGCACUCCUUCUCUUUCUUUGUCUUCAGCUUCCCACCUCACUCCACUGACAGAUCCCCGGCAGUCUGAAGUUCAGAGAUCAAGGUAGGAUCACCCCACAAAAUCUACGUAUUGAUCCUUCCAGCAGGCUCACGCAGGAUAAGCAAUAUGUGGGUUUGAGGAGGCUGCCUGGUUGCUCUGCUCUCCGCUGAUCCCAGACUCCUGAAGAGAAGAACUGCAGGUGCUUGAAUCCAUUUGGACCAGCUAGCAAAGAGCAACUGAGGCAGCAGCGGCAGAGCUGGCCAGACUUGCGCAACCUUCACAUGCAGGAACAAAUGAGCCAUUCCCAGGAAGGCUCUGGAAGGUUUUCAGCUGCGAGAAGGCAGAGCACAGAGCAUACGGAUGAGGAGCGAGGCCAGGUGGCUGGUUCUAGAAGAAGGGAGCUGAGUGUGCAGUUUGGGGACAGUGGCGAGAGUGAUGAAGAUCCUGACCCUCCUGAGGACCUGUUGCUGAACUCUCUGCCUGAGCUCUCGGUGCUGGAGCGGCUGGGCCUGCACAGAGUGGCUUUAACUGAGCAGGACGUGGAGGCAGCGUUCACGCACUUAGCACUGGCCUUCCGCUGUGACAUGUUCACUCUGCGGCGGCGGGUGCAGGUGGAGGAGCGGGCGCGGGAUGUGGCAGAGGAGAACAUUCAGCAGGAGCUGGAGGAGUGCCGGGCAGUGCUGCAGAGGCUGGGCCUGUCCUGCGUCGACCCCAAGCACAAGGAGCUGGUCAGGCAGUUGCAGCAAAGCCUGAUGGUGCUGGCAGGGUCUGUUGAGCGGGCGACAAGCGCGGCAGAGAAGCUGGGGGCCGUCCAUCAGGAGGCACGGAUGAGCCGGGCGGCAGAGGUGAUGGUGCAGCACGUGGAGAACCUGAAGAGGCAUCACUUGCGGGAACACACGGAGCUGGAGGAAAUGAAGCGGCUGAUCCAGCAGAACUCCCGCAACUGGCAGCUGGCUGAGAACAGGGAUGACGGUGAGCAGAGACUGAAACUGCCCCUGAUGCGAACGUUCCAGCAGGCUUCGGCACGUCGGAGAGUCAGCAUUGCAGUCAUUCCCAAACAGCUCACGCUGUUUUCCAGCCCCGAAAGUGGGCGAGCACCGGAGGGGGAGGCGGACAAGGUGGCGUGGGAGAGCAGUCCUAGCACCGAAAGGGAAACCUCCUGCCUCCAGGAGGACUCCACUGAUGGAUACUUCAUCCUGCGCUCGGACUCCUCCAGCUCCUUGCACCGAAGCCAUCCACAGGCAGACAGAACUGAGUGUGAGGGGGACAGAGGCUGCUAUGCAGAUGGGAGCGAGCUGGAACUGUGGAGAAGGGGAAGCACCAGCAAGCCCAUGAAGGAGGAACCUGACGGGGCAUCAGACAGCAGCGGGCUGACAGAGGAGCUGCAGCAGCUUAGUCUGAGGACCCCAGCACCCGAGAAAGAGAUCCCCUGGCCGUGGGUCUUUCUGCCCCAGCACUACUGGCUUUUCCUGUGGCUGCUUUUCCUGGGCCUCACCUGCCUGGUUCUGAUGCGGAUUCUGGAACUGCAGAAACAGCAGCCAGCACCACCCCCCAACUCCUAAUGAAAGAGGAAGAGGACUCACUGUGAGAGACACAAUGUAUCAUCCUGGGCUUACUUUUAAAAAUAAAAUAAUAAAAACCGGAGGGGGAAAAGGGGUUUAGAUGUUUGGGGAAACACAAAGUCUCCCUCCUAGAAGCCCCAGGGUGCUGCAGGAGGCUUAGGGCUGUGAAAGGAGCUGUUGGUGCCCUGAGGUGUGAUGGGGCCAUUGCCCUAACUUGUACCUAUGCGAGCAGGGCUCAGCAGUACCAGAUUGUCCCUUGUCAGCCUAAUCUUGGUCUGGUGCAAGGAUCCCUUGCACUAGGAUGGGGAAAGGGCAUGUGUGAUAGUGGAGGGGUGGGAGGCUGGGGGUGCCUCCAACCAACUCCUUUCCUCCUCUCCUUGUCCUUCUUGCAUAGCUGCAGGCACUACUGCCUCCUCCAUUGCACCUCCCCCUGGGCAAAGAGCCAGGGGCCCAAGUACCACUUUUACUUACACACUCCAGGUGAGGGGGAUUCUUGCUUCCUCUCAAGUGGGGUGGGGAGGAGGAAGAAGGAAAAGAGAGACAGCUGCAAAGGAGAUGCUUUAACAUAUAGACUCCUCUAAACAAACCACUGUGCUGCCUUUAGUUCUCUUUGGAGCUACUGUUUGGUUGCUAUUAAAAUGCUCAGGUGGAUUUGCACAAGGGUCCCAUACUUGUAACUAAGCAGCUGUAAGGUUUGUGCACAUCAGCUGCAUGCUUCGGGCUAUGCUCUGCCCCCUACAUCUGUCCAGGAGCUUCCCCACUACCAUGCUUGACUCCAGGGCUCAGCUGCUGGAAGGAACAAUGUUAUUUUGGCAGCACCCAGCAAGCUACUGGGUGCACUGCCCAGAGACAGAUGCGCUCUCUCUCCUACCGCUUAUUGAGUAAACGGUGGCGGGGGCAUUUUCUCUAGCUGCUUGUUGAGUUAAAGAAACCCCUGCCAGGAAAUGAAUGAGUUGCCCAGGCUUUGUCUGGCUCAGCACAACCCAGGCCCCUGCGCUCUGCUCUCCCUGCCUUUGAUGCGGUCACGUAAACAGGAGAUCUCGGAUCACCUGAUUUGCCAGCCAGCCUCCGCUCUGUGUUUCCACUCCCCGGUGAUUGCCUACAGCUGCGGGAGGUUACCCGCUGCCGGGGAGGUAGCAACAGCUCCGGGGCCGAGGAAGGUUCUCCCUGCUGGGGUGGAAGGGCUAAUGGAGCUCAGAAGAGGAUUUCAGGGACAGAUUUAUCCACAAGCUGUAAGUCUAUUUCUGGGCCGUGCAUUUUGCAUCUCUGGGAAGCACGUGGC